UCAAAAGCAGUCGCUUACGAAAAAAAAAAGUGUUGAAUCGUCGUUAAUAAGACGUUUAAGAAUUGUUAGUAUUUAGUAUUUUUUAAUUAUUUUUUGCACACGCGAGUUUAUCCAUGAAAACUUUGAAUUCCAGCGUUCAAUAACCUUUUUUGUUUGAAAAGUUUGGAACGUAAAUUAGUCUUACUUUUAUCAAAUCCUGGAAAUAAUUGGUGAUGAUUCGCUCUCAACAUGGCUAAAAACAAUGGUAGGAAACAAUUAUUCAAUAUUGCGCUGCAAGAAACCAUGGAACAAGAGGGAAUGAACCGUCGACUGAAAGAGGCUGGUAUUUACGAUCAUAAUGAUACGUAUGAAACACGCAAAGAGCUGGAUCAGAUGUUACAGCAAUCUAAAGAAGAUGCCAAAAAAACUGAAAAAUCAGUACCAUCUGAGCAGACAGUUACAUCAUUUGAUGAUGACUUCAACAUAGUUGAUGAUGAUGACGACUUAAAAGAGAUUAGCCACACAGAUACAACAACUUCUACUAACAGGUUUCGAAAAAAUUCACCUAAAUGGUUAUCUGAAAGUGAAGAGGAGAAUUUGCAAACCAUAGGGAAACCUUGUAGUUCUUCUAGAGUUGAAACAAAACCUUUUCAAAAGAAUGCUUCAAAACUACAAAAGGCAAAGACUUCAAGUAUUGAUUCCAAGAAAUUAGUACAGACAUCACCUGUAAGCUAUGGCAGUAAAAUGGUUGCUGCAUCAAUUCAAAAAAGGGAUGGCAGUACAGAAUCUCCCAACUCUAGUCGUCCUUUAAGUUCAAGAAGAGGUGACUUAAUCAUUUCAUCUGACGAGAUUGAUGACGUCUAUGAAUUUCCAUUGAAGAUUGAACCACUGAAAAGAAGUUCUCGAAAUGGAAACUCUCGUAAAGGCGAAACGACGAUGGAAAAGAAAUCGGAUGAUACAGAAGACGAUGAUUUCAUUGAUGACCCCCCUCCUCGCCAAAAAGAAUACGUAAAUCGUACCAAAACGGAACAGUCUAACCCCAGUCAGAAAGCGAAACUAGCAACAAUGAAAACGUUGUGCAAGAAAUAUUCUGAAAUGCUUAAUCGAAUUGAAAAUGUUGAAGCCCAUCCGAUGCCUGAAGAUCUCAACUACGAUAGCAAAGGUCCCUCCCAACUACUGAUCGAAAACGAAGAAAAGUUAAAGGUUAUACACAGUUUGGGCUAUAAGCCAAUAAAAUGGAGAAAGCCUAUCAUCCUUAGUGCAAACAGCAACAGGAGACGACGCCAGAUUUUCAAUCAACCCUCUACCAGUCGUACCACUCCGCCUGUAGAUGCACAAGAAGAAAGCGUCGAUGCCGUUGAAAUCGUCUGCGAUUCACCACCAGCCGCCUCCAUGCGGAAAUUGGAUAUUUCUCCGGCAAGCCCUAUAUUUGAAUCACGAAAGCGAUCGGGUGGAUCUAACGGGAUUAUUGAGGCUGAAAUGGAGGUCUACAGGAAAUCUCCCAUUGAAAACAAAGAGGAUUCCGCAACACAAGAGUGCCCUAUCUGUGGCAAGUUAUUCCAGCUGAGUGUCAUUGAAGGUCACGCUGACGGUUGUAUCAAUAAUAUGGAGGAGCGCCCACGUUCGGAACGUAUCGCACGAAACGCACGAUCCAACAAAUCGUAUAACGCAUGGCCCGACCAUUCACAGUGGGGUAAAGGGGAUCGAGCGGCAGGCUCCUCAUCCGAAACAGUCGAUCCUGAUGUAAUAUUUGAAACGGAUGGCUCACAGCCCGAUUCGGAUUUCGAACCCGACCAAGAUCCUGGGACUAAGCGUAGCCAACGCAAGACGGCAAGUGUGGGAGUGAAGAAACGUCGCAUGUAAGCCUCAAUGAUGUGGCAUCCUUAAUCUAAUCAAAAGUGAUUCAAUUCGCGAUUGUCAUUUUGCCAAGCACAGAUAUGAGAAACUUGUUAAUUACGUUCUUUUUUUGUAUUGUUUCAUCGAAAGGUGCUGUUGUAACACAGAUUUCAUUCGUUCACACAUGUUCAGUCAGUUUUCAGAAAUGUUCACAUUUUUGUAAAGUUUCCGCUUUAGUUUUCUUCAGAAGUUAACGUUUGCAUAAUACAUGAUUUGGAAGUUA